GCGCAGAAGUACAUAUUUUGGAGGCGGGAAAAUCGAACCUUUGCAGACGACGUUUUCUUUCCGUAUCGGCGAAAAGUCUACAAACAAGGACGUUUAUCCGGAAAGAACUUUUUAAUUCUCCAAGUUGAUGCAAGCGCAAGUAUUGUGUAGUAGAGAGUCUUAAAUUGUGAAGAAUAUGGCCCUGGUGCAGCGUAUUUCCUUAUCGGAGGCAUUGGCCAGCGUCAAGCCCAACAGCGAGAUUUGGAGCUGUUCCUACAACCCACAGGAUGAUAACUUCAUAGCGGUGACCACCAGUACGGAAAACAAACUGCGCAUCUGCAAAGAGAACUCACAGAGUUUUCCCCACACCUUUGACCUAGGAGGUGCUGGUACCUGUACAGACUUCUCCAGGGAUGGAAGCAGAGUCGUUGCAGGCUCCACCUCCUCUGACAUUCUCCUGGUCACAAACAUCAAUGCAGAGACCCCAGAGCCAGUCCACCUACAUGGCCAUACUAGCACUAUCCGUAAUGUCCAUUUCCACCCCACUAACUCCCUGCUGCUGUCCUCGGGCUGGAGCGAUGGCAUCCGUGUGUGGGACGUCAACACACAGCAGAUGACCAGGCAGGAGCUGCUCAAGGAACACUUUGGAGAGGAAACCAUCUACAAGACCAGCAUGUCUGAGGAUGGAAAGCUGCUGACAGUGUGCUGUUCUGAUGGUGUUGCAUAUGUAUUGGAGACAAACAACUUGAAGUUGGUGCGUAUGCUGAAAUGGUCCAGCCCCACAGAUGUGCAGGAUGCCUCCAUGCGUAGGACAGCUAACAGAGACAUCCAGAUUGCUACAGCCUCACAUGAUGGAACCGUUAAGGUGUGGGAGCUAGGUACAGGGAAAGUCCUGCACAUGUUCACUGUAGGCUAUGAGGCCUCCCGUGUGCUGUACACCCCUGAUGGCUCCAGGCUGUGUGUAGGUGGGAAGUCAGAACAUAUCCUGAUCUAUAAUGUGGAGGAGAACCCCAUCAGGUCAGCAUGGAAGCUAGCAGACCCCUGUGGGUUUGCUGCCAUCAAGUGUAUGGACUUCUCCAGGAUGUCAGGCUCCAGGAGAAUGGUGACCGGUCAUGCAGACUCAACCCUACGUGUCUGGAACUUGUAUGGCAUUGUCCAGGACAACUCCUUGAGUGAAUUUGCCUCUGUGAUGGGUGACUACACAAGCCGGCAUUGAAUUCAGUAAUUGUUGUCUUCUUAAUAGUUGAGUUCAGUUCUGUUGCCCUAGCUAAUCCUUGUAUGGGUAAUGUAUCAUUUCAAGGCCAAUUUAUUUAGGUUCUAUAGUAUACUAUUGGCUAUGUCGUAUGUUUAUAACUUCCUGUUACCAGUCAAAGGGGAUACACAUCACGUAAACUGCACUUUCAGUUUGGUGUUUUUGUUUUCAAUAAUGCUGGUUUUGUGCAAUAUUGCACAUUCGGUACAUGUACAAACACAAUAUGUAAGUGGGUAUGCGUUGAUUUUUCAUAAAUUUUUCUAGCUUGUAGUAUUCCUCGAGCGAAACUAUUUAUGGGGCUUAUGAGUCAUUGGUCUGUGUGUAAAUAAAUGGUCAUUAACAAGAAGUCCAUCCUUGCUUCUCCUGAACAUCAUAGCAAAGGCACUUUAAAGUAUGUUUUGCAAUCCUUAAUAAAGCUCCAUCCUAUAGAGAGUAAAAUAAGCCCUUUUUCUUCAAGAAUUUAUUGCCAACAAUCAGUAAAUCAGCGCAAAUCUGGCAAAACUGGAAGAACAAUCCGUACUUAAAAUCCUAUUGUUCCUAAAAAGUUAAUACAGUUUGGUAUUUUACACUAGUUUUGUACAGCUAUAGACAUGUUUGUUCCAGAACUGUUCAGUAGAAAAAUUUGCUUGUAUACAUGGUCCUACAAAUUGCUUGUCUUUGCUCCUUAUCAUCUGAUUUCCUCACUAUCACUUUCUAAUCCUCUGCUAUGCUGGUUCAGAACUAGUUCAUGGAAUCUGUUUGGCUCAAUGUGAGCACUGGAUAAGUCCCGAUAUGAUACAUUCUCUCACUGCACGCUAGCUAGGCAACACCAAUCCAAUGACCUGUUUCUUACACGUAGAUGUCUAAAGGGAGAAAAUGCAGCAAUAUGCCUAAAUGACAAGGUACUGAUAAAUGGCCUCAUGACAAAAGUGUAAAGUUAAAAGUUAUGAUGCUUAAGUGUCAGGGAAAGAAACAGUGAGCUAAACAGGGAGACAAAGAAGUGAA